UUCACUAAGAGAUUACAAUAAGAUAUUAAAUUUAAUCUCUUCUAUCUGACAUCUCAAACUCUUCAGUAGAACAAUGUCUGGAGUAAAGGGACAACAGAAGAAAUGCCCAGAGCCUUGCCCACCACCCAAAGAAUGCCAGGAUCCUUGCAAGCCAAAGCCAGUGACUCCAGAGCCAAGAUGUCCUUCUCCUCAAACUUGCAAGCCAGAGCCAUCCCAUCCAGAACCAAAAUGUCCUCAUCCACAAGAGAAAACAAAGCCAGCUCCUCGAUGCCAUGAACCACAAGAUAAGAAAUGUGCGAAGAAAUAAAAAAAAAAAUUACUUCAAGAAAAAAAUUGCUAACCUUGUCUAAUGGAAGCAAUUGCAUAAAAAUGUGUAAUCCAGUGUCAUUCUCUUGAUAUAAUUGCAUUGAAUAAAUAUUCACAUCUCAUUGAAAACCUAA